GGGAGAGGAGGAGAAAGAGAGCGAGGGCGGGCGGGAGGCGGCGGCGGCAGCAGCAGUAAUAGCAGGAGCAGCAACAGAAGGCGUCGGAGCGGGCGUCGGAGCUGCCCGCUGGGGGAGAGAGAAAGGAGAGAGAAAGAGAGCGAGCGAGCAGAGGAGCCCGAGGCGAAAAAGUAACUGUCAAAUGCGCGGCUCCUUUAACCGGAGCGCUCAGUCCGGCUCCGAGAGUCAUGGCGACCGCAGCGUCUAACCACUACAGCCUGCUCACCUCCAGCGCCUCCAUCGUGCACGCCGAACCGCCGGGCGGCAUGCAGCAGGGCGCGGGGGGCUACCGCGAGGCUCAGAGCCUGGUGCAGGGCGACUACGGCGCGCUGCAGAGCAACGGGCACCCGCUCAGCCACGCUCACCAGUGGAUCACCGCGCUGUCCCACGGCGGCGGCGGCGGGGGCGGUGGCGGCGGCGGCGGGGGCGGGGGCGGCGGCGGGGGCGGCGGCGACGGCUCCCCGUGGUCCACCAGCCCCCUGGGCCAGCCGGACAUCAAGCCUUCGGUGGUGGUACAGCAGGGCGGCCGCGGCGACGAGCUGCACGGGCCAGGCGCCCUGCAGCAGCAGCACCAGCAGCAGCAACAGCAGCAGCAACAGCAGCAGCAGCAACAACAACAGCAGCAGCAACAGCCGCGGCCGCCGCAUCUGGUGCACCACGCCGCCAACCAUCACCCGGGGCCCGGGGCAUGGCGGAGCGCCGCGGCUGCAGCGCACCUCCCGCCCUCCAUGGGAGCGUCCAACGGCGGCUUGCUCUACUCGCAGCCCAGCUUCACGGUGAACGGCAUGCUGGGCGCCGGCGGGCAGCCGGCGGGGCUGCACCACCAUGGCCUGCGGGACGCGCACGACGAGCCGCACCACGCCGACCACCACCCUCACCCGCACUCGCACCCGCACCAGCAGCCGCCGCCGCCGCCGCCCCCGCAAGGCCCGCCGGGCCACCCCGGCGCGCACCACGACCCGCACUCCGACGAGGACACGCCGACCUCGGAUGACCUGGAGCAGUUCGCCAAGCAGUUCAAGCAGCGCCGGAUCAAACUGGGAUUUACCCAAGCGGACGUGGGGCUGGCGCUGGGCACCCUGUACGGCAACGUGUUCUCGCAGACCACCAUCUGCAGGUUUGAGGCCCUGCAGCUGAGCUUCAAGAACAUGUGCAAGCUGAAGCCUUUGUUGAACAAGUGGUUGGAGGAGGCGGACUCGUCCUCGGGCAGCCCCACGAGCAUAGACAAGAUCGCAGCGCAGGGGCGCAAGAGGAAAAAGCGGACCUCCAUCGAGGUGAGCGUCAAGGGGGCUCUGGAGAGCCAUUUCCUCAAAUGCCCCAAGCCCUCGGCCCAGGAGAUCACCUCCCUCGCGGACAGCUUACAGCUGGAGAAGGAGGUGGUGAGAGUUUGGUUUUGUAACAGGAGACAGAAAGAGAAAAGGAUGACCCCUCCCGGAGGGACUCUGCCGGGCGCCGAGGAUGUGUACGGGGGGAGUAGGGACACGCCACCACACCACGGGGUGCAGACGCCCGUCCAGUGAACUCGAGCGGGGGGGAGGGGCAGAGCGCGGGGGCUCCCCCUCCUCUACGGUCCACGGCCCUUUCCCGGCCCCCUUGUUCCCUCUCUAACUUCUGAUGUUCUUUUAUUUUAAUUAUUAUUUCCCCGUCCCUUAAAAAGAAAAAAAAUAAUAAUAAGGAAAGCAACUAAGGCACUGGACUAUCCUUUAAACGGUAGCAGGUGUAAUGAUGUGUUUUGACCUUUACAGGCUAGUACCCAGGCAAUGGAGUGGAGUGUCUCAGAGAGAGAGUGAGGAGAGAGUGUGUAAUAGAGAGAGAAAGAGAGAUGGCAAGCACUGAGUUAAAUACCUGGCAAAACUAAAUAAAUUACCAAAAAGAAAAAAAAAUCCACCAAACCGUGAUAAACACAAAACAGCUUCCUGAUGCUCGGAGUUGGCACAUGCCGCUGUGUUGGUUUAAUGUGGAUCCUCAUCAGGAAAGAGGGAAAAAUACACAUGUUCUUUAAUGUAGUCAAAAUUUCACCACAUAAAUUUGCACUGCAAGAAAAUUGAAGUUUACAUGAACAAAUUCAUGAACGUAUUUUUCUUUCUCCCACCGUUGAUUUUGAAAUUGCCGGGUUUUGUUUUGUUUUGUUUUGUUUUGUUUUGUUUUAUCAGCAGAGAGUUGAAGCCAGCUCUUGGCUACUCUCCAUUUCCAACGUUCUCUUGUUGCCCCUUGUUCUUCUUACUGUUUGUGAACUUUGGUUACCUUCGGUCCCCCCGACCCCAACAUUGGUGUAACAUCUAUUUGCUUCUUUUACCAAAGCAAAAAUGAUUGGCUUCGUACAAAAUAAAUCAUUCUCUGCUUUCAGGAAACGUGCAUGGUCUACCCGCUUUAUCCAAGGCAAGAAUCCGGUUUGGAAUACAAAAAUGAGUCAAGCAUUGGUUUUUGUUACCAGCCACAAAGUAAACUUCAUUUUCAGGCAGUGUUUCUGGGGGAGGUUGUGGAGGGGAGAAAAAGAAAAAUCGAUAGUGAGUGACUGAUUGCUUCAUUUUAUCAGGCGGGCCCAUUGUGAAAGAGCUCAGAGGAAAUGUGGAGGUUAAAUAUAUUUCCAGAGUUGUCCAACAGAAAGUGGCACUUUGAAGAGAACUAGGGAAAUAUAUAUCUUCAGAAACCCCUGUAUAGUUCUCUGCCUUCAGUAUUAAUAACUUGAUUAUGAGGAAUUAUUUGUGCUGACAGCAGCAGUUAAACUUUGUUCCUCUAAUAGCUUUUUUUUUUUUAACAUAAAGAAAAUAAUCUGGGAACUUAAUGGUGUAUGCAUAGACUGUUUCUUACCACGCAAAUACCCACAUGCAUACAGAGAAUAUCUCCACUCUAGACUGGUUUUGUCUUCACUAGCUCAUUUGUUUAUCAAAUCGUAUUUAAGGUCCCACACCCUCUUCUCUUAUAAUUUAUUAUGGAAAAUACCAGUUUGAGCUGGACAGCUUUUUCCCCCUCUUUCACUAAGGAAGCCAAAUGAACUGGGAAAAAAUGCUAUUUUCUAUCCUUCCUUUUCUCCCUUUGUUAAUAGUUUUAAGUGUGUUUUUACCUUAUCUUGAUGGAAAAUGGUUAACUCCCAUAACAAAAGACUCUACUGGGAAGUGUAGGUGAAAAAACUUCUAACUGUAUUGAAAAUAAAUACCAUUAAACUGUGAUCAGUUAAAAUAUUUAAAAAUAAUCAGCACAAAAGGGCGCUCAAAGGGAAAACACUUUUUAUUAAUCUUAAAAGUUUGGGGCUUUUUUUCUGGUUAAGUAUUAGACAAAUUUUUAUUUUAAAAAAUUAAAUUCUCAAUACCAUAAAAUUAUGGUUCAGCAUCAGAUUAGCGUUGCACUCAGUAGUUAAGGUUUUAGGAAAUAUACUUUAUAUUGUCUUUUCAAACACCUGUGAUGGUUUCAUUUUCAAUGUUUUUGCAAGAUAUAUGAUGACUUAUAAUGGGCAUAUUUAUUUGCCUGUAUUUCAUUUCCCCCAACGAAUGUCACAAGGAGAUGGGCACGGAGCUGCUGCUUCGGGGUGCAUCACGCUGCUUGUUCCUGAGGUGUGGGGACUGGCCUUUAGUGAAGCAAUCCAGAGCAGGGCAAAUAGCCAAUGGUAAAGGGAGGAAAUGAAUUUUCAGAUUCUUAUUACCAAGUGGGUAAGGUCAGAUGUUGGAGUUCAGGGGACGUGUCUAUAGCUCCUCUAACUCUCAUAGGUUUACUAAGAUGAAAGUUACCACUGAACCUUACCACUAUGUAUAUAUGUUUAAUAUCUGUCUUUUGAAAUGCAGAAAUAGUUUAAAUGUUUCUUUGUCUAUUUUUCUUUUUUUUAAUGCUACCCAGGGAAAUAUUUUCAUAUCAUUUUUAAGUGGCCUGCCUCAAUGUAUAUUUAUUUCUUUUAAAGCAAAAAGGUUCUGGAAACUGUUUUUCUGUAGCUUUAAAUGAGUAGAUGAGCAAAAUCUAUAUGGGAUGUAAUUUUUUUGUUCAGUCUCUUUAAGAAUAUUUUGUUUUGGUACAUUUGGUUGUGCUUGUGGGGAAAAUAAAAACGCAGAGAUCCUUAUAUAUUUAUGUUAAAGUAAUAUUUUAUUAUCUACAUAAAACAGAAAUGCACAAUACCUUCAUAGUUUGUUCUAAUUAUUGAAAUAUCUUUAUUUUAUUUUUAAAGAUAGUGCCAAGUUUUAAGGGGGGAGAAAACCCUAGACCUUAUACUGACUGAGUUGAGUUGUGUGUAAAAUACUUCCCUUCCUUUAUACUUCAUAAAGUUUUGGAAUAAAUUUUAUGCGCAUACUGCCAGGUUUCAUGUUUAUAACUUUCAGAGCUUUUUUUUUUUUUAAGAGAGACUACUGUUCUGAUUCUAAUUCACUUUUCUUUGCAAAAAACUAUCAGUUCCAGACCUUUCAGUCACUACACCUAUAGCAUUAAAUUGAAAUGGUCAUUGGGUUUGAGCUUCCAUUUGUUUGCCAUUUCAUGGUCUGACAAAGAGAUGUUUGUCGCCUUUAAAUAAAUGCAGAUAUCCCUACAUCUUCUUUCUAGGUUACCUUUACCUUAACUGAUUGUGCUUUUUUUUUUUUUUUAAGAGCAUCAGUGGAACUAGGUGGACUUUAAUCCUUACCCACAUGUCCUCACAUAAUUUGGGAUCUAAAAAAGCAAAGCUUAGUUAAGGGUGUUAUUCUUUUUAAUAAUUAACAAAUAUCUUUCAACUAAGAGUAACUGACAAUAUGCAAGAUGUGUGUUUACCAAGUGAUUAUUGGUAGGUCCCAUGUAUUAUUCCUGUUAGGUUUACAGGGAAAAAAAUGGAUUUUGCAAUGGUUUAUACAAUAGUGUGUGUUUCUCUUCAGGCAAGCAAACAGGCUCUCACACAGGGCAAGAAAAAAAAAGGAAAGAAUGUAUGGAAGACACUCAAGCCUGUGAUGCUAAUCACAGACUGUUUCAGAUAUUCUUAGAGGGAACAUUAUACUUACCAAAAUCAGUGUAAGGUUAGUGCAACAUCCAAGCAGUGUUGAGUUAGUUUACAAGUUUGCUGUUGUAUUUAAAGUCCUCCUUGGAACACUGGUUUAAGUAUAAAUGUCCAUUUUGAAAGGCAGUUUCUGGGCUUAUUACAUCUGAUCAUCUUUUCUAACUCCUAGUCAAUAUUACACAGGUCCCAAACAGAUUCAGCCAAAUGAUCUUAUCAAUAGUCUGAACAAGAAGUGACAGAAAGAAGAAGUGUUUUGUGACCGCAGACAUGCUGAUGGGUAAAAUGUUUAAGCUGGGUAUAGAUUUGAGUUCUGGGUCAAUAUCCUCCUCCAUUGUAGGCAGAAAACAAGCAGCAUCUGCCCUCUGCAGGGCAUUUUAGUGGACCUUGAGAAGGUGGUUUUUGUUCUUAGCCACAGGGGCUACUGACUGGAAACCAUCACGUGUUAAACGGACACGCCAUGGUUUUGACCCAUGCUUGCUGUUCAGAUUCUAAAGCUACUCAGGCAGUUUCAGUGCCGGUUUGGGGAAUGUAUGACAUGCUAAAGUGAAAAACUCCAUCACUGCCCCUGGGAGAAAUUUGUGGGGAAGUCAUCCCUAAGAUGUUGGCCAGCCACAAUAACAAACCCUUUCUUUCCCCCAAAGACAAUAAUGCAGAAUGCGGCCAUCCUGCAAAAGCUCCUGUUGUUUCCUCAAAAUAUGUCACUUUUUAAAAUUUAUGGUAUAAGAUGGGGGAGAAACGAUCAUGUGGGAGAGUUACGUGAAGGUCAGAUAGAGGGAAUGGCCACAGAUAUUAUGCUUGGCACUUGUAGACAUUCUCGGUUCCCAUGAAGUUACCUCCUGUAUAUUUGAGAUGGCAGCCACAAAAGCACUCUUCUUCACCUCCUGCUCCUACCAGUGUAAGCCACACACUGGUUGGCAAGAUUUUCUGAUGAAAUGGCUUUAAUAAAGGCACUCAUCUCUUUUACCUUCUUAUUUCUCCAAGAGCAGCUAAUAAAGAGAUGCAACAGCAACAAUGGGGGGAAAUGGCAUGUGAGUGCUUUGGUACCUGUGCAUGUAUGUCUCUAUGCUGCCUUCUUUUGCCUUUCACUUGCCUUACUGUGGAAACAGCUUGGGUAAUGCUGGGUUGCUGGGUGAGAGAAAUUAUCAUUUUGUCACUGGCUUCUGUGAUUUGUCUUUGUUGAUUUUUCAAUCAGUUUAUAGAACUGUGUUCUAGAUUCUAUUGAAUUCCUAGACAAGUUAAAGAAUGAGAUAAAGAACAGAGCUUUUAACCGAAAAAGAAAGACGGAUGGUGAAGGGAGGGUCAAAGGUAAAAGUGUUUCUUUGGAUCUGCUUGUAUAUUUCAGUGAGGUAAAAGGGACAGUGUCUAUUUAAAAUGAAAAAUGCAUCUUGGAGGUACUAGCAAUGAAUCUUGACAAUAGGACUAAAUGGGAUGUUCAGCUAAAUUUUAUACCAACAUUAUCCCUAUUGAGGAAAGUUUACUUUUUUCAGUGACGCAUAAUAUCUUAACAGGGGGCAGAUGGUGGUAGGAGAGGACCAGGGCUCCUGGUACCUAUUCUCACCACUUGAUUCAGUACAGGAAAUAAUGCAAAAGUGGCAGGGGCGUGCCACUUAGCUGGAAAAUCAAGGAAUAAACUUGCCCACCUUGGUAGAACUUGAGCCAGAGUUAUUUCAAUGCUUCCUUAUCUAGAGGUGGGUACAGGAGUGCCAGAAAAUGGCUUUUUAGUUUUCUUAAAGGCUUCGCUUGGUUAUGGAGAUAAACAAUCAGAAUAUUUUCACAUUGUUCUUAUGUUUUGUGGGAAGCUAGGAAAUUUGUUUCCUUCUUUAUUUUUUAAGGAAAAAAAAGUUAAUUAACUUUACCACGUAGUACUUUCCCUUUACCUUAAUAACAACUCUGCUUGGCUUAGCUGUUAGAGGUUUUAGAAACAAUAUCAUAUCCCAUCAAAACAACCCUGGCCUCUUAUUGUUAGAAUUCUGGUUGUUGAUAACAUGAAGAUGUAUUUCCUUAAAAAAAAAUGUCUGAAAUGUUAUUUAAUACACCAGUAAAAGUGCAUCU